CUCCUUCCCAGCAGGAAAGACGCUGGAGCAGAAACAGUUUGGCAGAGCGCACACUGCAGCAGAGGAGAGCUCGGCUUCCACACACCGAGGAUUAUGUCCGCUUCCUGGGGACGCUGCAACCAGCUGAUGUCUAUCCACCGCCUCUGCUUCAGCCCAGCGGUCACUCAUCGCCCUAUUUACCCCAUGCUCUGCUGAAAUACCUCUACUACAGACUGCUGUUUCAACUCCAUCUCUAUCCUCCGCCUCCUCUCCUCCAGCGUCCCAAAGCCAGGAUGGAAAAGACGCUCUGCAGUCCCGGGACCAACAGGACCAACUCCUCCUCGUCGUCACCCAAGAAGCCCGCAAGUCGGAGCGGUUCGCAUAGCCCAUUAUCCGGAUCUCUGGGAGGCUCGUUUGGAGCUGGAGGCGGCCGGGGGACGUUGCAGGGCAGCGGGGGGAAUCUGCAGCAGCAGCAGCUUCAUGCGCGCAGGAGGCAGCUGGAAGGAGUGCUGAGCAAAUACACCAACCUGAUCCAAGGCUGGCAGAACAGGUAUUUUGUGUUGGAUCCAGAGCUCGGCCAGCUGCAGUACUUCAUCAACGAGCAGGGGAAAGCCCAGAAGCCCAGGGGGUCGCUACCCCUCAUUGGUGCCUCGGUAACGACUAGUGACGAGGCUCCGUUCAUGUUCAUUGUGCACUCCGUCAAUGGGGAGCUGUUCAAACUUAAAGCAUCUGAUGCUAAGGAGCAGCAGUUUUGGAUCAAUCAGCUCCAAGCUUGUGCCAGACGCCACUCAGACAGCAGUGCCAAGGUAAGGAAACUGAAGAGCUCAGAUGAACAUCUGAGUGUUGACAGAGCAGGGGGAGGACAGGAUGUUCUGGGAUCCUCAUCUGGUCGGGCACGUAGCUUCUCCCUUCUCCCCCACCUAACUCCAUCUUCAUCCCCCAGUUCCCAGAGGCAUCAGGGCCACUCGGCCUCGCCCAGCAACAUCGUCACCAUCACCCACCACAAGUCUCCAGCUGCAGCUCGGCGGGCUAAGAAUCAGUAUCCAGGACAGCUGCUGGAGGUCAAGGAGGUGAUGUCCCAAGCAGAGGGCCAACAAAAGAACCUUGUCCACUCCAUUGACUCUCUACCAACCAAAGGCCCCCUAUCUUGUCUGGACCAGGACUUGCUGCUCCUUAAAGCCACAUCUGCCGCUACGCUUAGCUGCCUUGGAGAGUGCCUGAACAUCCUGCAGCAGACUCAGAGUCACAACAGCCAGGCCCCACCUCAGUCUCAUGCCUCCCAUCGUAACCGUGGAACCCCGUCCGAUGGUGUUCCUGUGUGGACUGUACCAAAGUCGCCCUCAGACGAGACGCUGAAGAACGGAGGUCUGACUCCCCUGCAAUCAGACGAGCCCUCGCCGGCCCUCAGGAAAAGGAAUCUGUCCCAUGGUGCAGAGCACCACCAAGGCCUGGAGGACAUCAGUCCCAGUGAGGAGGUGACCGAUACGGAGGACAAUGAGGAAGAGGAUCUGGGCGUUCUGGAUGACCAGCGGAGCGUCAUUCUUCACCUGCUCUCUCAACUCAAACUGGGAAUGGAUCUCACACGGGUGGUGCUCCCUACAUUCAUUUUAGAAAAGCGAUCUCUGCUAGAGAUGUACGCCAACUUCAUGGCCCACCCCGACAUGUUUCUAUCGAUCACAGCCGGGGCCACAGCCGAGGACCGAAUCGUCCGCUUCGUGGAGUACUACCUGACUGCUUUUCAUGAAGGACGGAAAGGCGCCGUAGCUAAGAAACCCUACAACCCAGUCCUGGGAGAGACCUUUCAUUGUUCCUGGGAAGUACCUCGGGAUAAAGUCAAACCUUUGGUCAGAUCGAACCCAGGGCCGACCCGGGAACCAGGCAGAGGAUCCAACAACUCGCAGCAAGGCAACGAUUCACCCGAAGGAUCCUACAGAGUCCGAUUUGUGGCAGAGCAGGUGUCCCAUCAUCCACCGGUGUCUGGGUUUUACUGUGAGUGCCGGGAACGACAGAUGUGCGUCAACGCUCAUGUGUGGACCAAGAGCAAGUUCAUGGGCAUGUCUGUUGGAGUGUCCAUGGUGGGAGAAGGAGUCCUGUGUCUCCUGGAGCACGACGAGGAGUAUAUCUUCACUCUGCCCUGCGCCUACGCCCGCUCCAUCCUCACCGUCCCCUGGGUGGAGCUGGGAGGCAAAGUCUCCAUCAACUGCAUCAAGAGCGGCUACUCAGCCACGGUGACCUUUCACACAAAGCCUUUUUAUGGAGGGAAGGUGCACAGGGUGACAGCAGAGGUGAAACACAACCUGACAAACACCAUCGUGUGCAAGGCCCAGGGCGAGUGGAACGGCACGCUGGAGUUCACCUACAGCAGCGGGGAAACCAAGGUCAUCGACACGUCCAAACUCCCCGUCACCAGGAAGAAGCUGCGGCCCGUUGAGAGGCAGGGCAGGAUGGAGUCCAGGCGGUUAUGGCAACAUGUCACCAAGUCUCUGAAGGAAGGGAACAUGGACCUGGCCACGGAGCACAAACAUCGGCUGGAGGAGAGUCAGAGGGUGGAGGAGAGGAAGAGAAUAGCCGAUAACAAACCCUGGAAACCAAAAUACUUCACUAAAGAGGGUGAGGGUUGGAUCUACAACAGCCCGCUGUGGAAGUCCACCUGACAUCGGAACAACGCGCCUCACGAGGAUAAAAACUCCAGACUCCAAACUGAGGCCGGGGAUCAAAGCGUUUUCCUCCGCAGACCUUCAGAUUCAAAGGCUGUGGAAACAAACAAAGCAAGCGAGGUGCCAAAGGGAUUUCCUCAGUUCCAACCAACGGAGCGAGCUUAGGGAACCCUCGGGACAGAGGAACACUUUUAUAGUCCUGCUAGUCAAAGUAGAAUAUUUCUAUUUUUCACUUUACUAAGGCCUUCGAUGUCCCUCCUUCCCACAGUGACGACAAUUAGCACUUGUAUUAGUCUGACUGAUCAUCAGUGUUGAAGCUUUAAAGCAGAUCAAGUCUUCUGUAACACACCAUACUGUAGCUGGAAAUGACUGUCAAUGAAGCACUUUUAUCAGAGAAAAAUCUACUAUUUUAUACGUCACAGUGGCUUUGAACUCCCAGAGCUUUACAGGAGAAAAUGUCUGAGUGACUUCAAUUAGUAUAUAUUAUUACACAGUAUUUUACAGCAAACGGUCCAGUUUGUUCUUGUCUGCACUCUGAAUGUAUCUGGGCACAUUUAAAUACUAAUCACUGUAAUCGUAUUGAUUGAUUCUACAUGUUUCCUUUUUUUUUUCUUCCUCUUUUUGGACAACUUCAUUUAUCUCACUCAGUGGAAAAAAAAAUAACAGCUGCCAAACUGAAUAUUUUCCAUUACUACCUCUCAUAUUGCUACAACACAUGUUUUCUGGUGGGAUUUGUGGCUCAAAGCUCCUGGGUCCACUUGGUGUGUUUUGUAUCUGUAACCCCAAGAUGACACUGGUGUAAUUAGGCAGCAGCAGCCUCACAUACACACAGCCUUGGCCUGCUCCACUUCAUGCUUCUCUUUAGGUUGCCCAUGUCUAUUAAUAUGGAUGAGGCGGGUUGCAGCAACUCUGUUGUUCCUUACAUGCGGGGGUUUGCUGGAAGGCUGCCUGUGAAGGUGAGAGGAGCGUCUACUGGAACAACAACCACAGGGGACCGGUGAAGCCGACUGGACGGGGAGAGGAUGAUAUGUACCAGUUAAUAGCAGCAGACAAACUAUGUGGCCAACUUCCAGAUUUUAUAAAAUAAAAAGAGAUUAAAACAUUG